CAGAUCCCGGCGAGAAUGGCCUCUCUGGCUGGGCCACGCGUAGACUGAUGGAAGACAGAGUGGAGAACCAGACCUCCAAACCACCCACGGCAGCGAUCCAUGAGUUCCCGGAGGACAUCUUCACCAAGGAGCAGCGGCGCCGGGGGGCUGUGCUUCUGCACGUUCUCUGUGCCAUCUACAUGUUCUACGCUCUUGCUAUUGUCUGCGAUGAAUACUUCGUCCCGUCCCUGGAGAAGAUCUCAGAAAACCUGCACCUCAGUGAGGAUGUGGCAGGGGCAACCUUCAUGGCGGCAGGAAGCUCCGCCCCAGAGCUGUUCACCUCUCUGAUUGGCGUGUUCAUCACGAAGGGCGACGUGGGUGUGGGCACCAUCGUGGGCUCCGCCGUCUUCAACAUCCUGGUCAUCAUCGGUGUGUGUGGGAUCUUCGCCGGGCAGACUGUGUCUUUGACCUGGUGGCCUCUGUUCCGGGACUGUGUGUUCUACAUCUUCUCCGUACUGGCCUUGAUCCUGGUUAUCUAUGAUGAAAAAGUUCUAUGGUGGGAGUCCGUGCUGCUGGUCUCCCUCUACGGCCUCUACAUUCUCAUCAUGAAGUUUAACAUACAGAUCUGGAGGUUUGUGGAGCAGCGGUGCAGGAGUCCUUUGCAGUCCUGCAUGAAUCGCAGCCGACACGCGGAUGGAGGAGCAGCAGAGGGGGGGGCAAACUGUGACACCUCCGAUGUCCUGCUUAGGAAAGGUCAGUGUUCCGGGCCGGAGUCUCCUGUGAUGAUGGUGGACGAGCUCCUGAGCCUCCACCCUCACCAGCUGUCCUUCUCCGAAGCCGGCCUGCGCAUCAUGAUCACCCCACACUUCUCCCCCCGCACCCGCCUCAGCAUGGCCGGCCGCAUGCUCAUCAACGAGAGGCAGCGGCUCAUCCGAAGCCCAGGGGGCAGCACUGACAGCGAGGUGGGGCCAGGGGACUCCCCGGUGAAAGAGAGCGGCUCCAGGUUCGGGGCGGACUGUUCUCUGGUGAUGGAGAACGGGUGCAGCCCAGAGAGCGAGAGGCAGCCCCUGGACGAGGCCGCCAAUGGGGACGCCGAUGAGAGGGCAGGGCUGAAGGGGGAGGCCGGCGCGGAACGCAGCUGUCCUGGGGAGGAGGAGGAGGAUGAUGGGGAUGGGCCGUUCAGACCCCUCAAUAUGCCAAAGGGGGGCUGUGCCCGCGUGAAGUGGCUGGCGUCCUGGCCCCUGGCGUUCCUGCUGUACUGCACCGUGCCCAACUGCGUGCUCCCGCGCUGGCACCGCUGGUUCAUGGUCACCUUCGUGUUGUCCACGCUGUGGAUCGCCGUCUUCUCCUACCUCAUGGUGUGGAUGGUCACCAUCAUCAGCCACACACUGGACAUCCCCGACUUCAUCAUGGGCAUCACCUUCCUGGCGGCAGGCACCAGCGUCCCCGACUGUAUGGCCAGCCUCAUCGUCGCCCGGCAAGGGAUGGGGGACAUGGCUGUGUCCAACUCCAUUGGGAGCAAUAUCUUUGACAUCCUCCUGGGGCUGGGCUUCCCCUGGACUCUCCGCACUCUGGUGGUGGGCUUCGGAUCAACGGUCUCCAUCAACAACAAAGGGCUGGUGUACUCAGUCAUUCUGCUUCUUGCCUCUGUCUGUCUCACAGUGAUGAGUGUACACCUGAACCAUUGGAAGUUGGACAAACGGCUGGGCUUUGGGCUGAUGUUGCUCUAUGCCAUAUUCCUUCUCUGUUCCAUACUGUUUGGACAAAUGUAAGGUGCCCAGCUCACAAGACAUUUCCCUCUUGCCACUGUGUUUUUUUGGGAGAUCCAGAGGACAGCAUUGCAGUAUGUGCCGUAAGCUUGUGUAAUGCCACACUGACAAAAAGUAACCCCUGCAAAUGUUUUGUGUUUCUUUCUCCCAUUUCUGUGUCUUCCUGUUGAAAUUACGGUGUUUUUUGUGUCAAUGUAUACAAGAAUCAACUGCGUAAUUUACCUAAAGCUUCUCUUGAGACAUGCGGAGUUACAGCACUGCAGUGGAGUGCAGGCCAGAAUAUGAUUGUGGUGUUUCCGCGCUGACAGAUUUGGACUUCUAAAUAGCCUGAAUAGCAGGGGUCACAGUGGAAUGACUGAAUCAAUCUGCGGGGUCUGCUGUUAUACUUUGAAGGCAUGUGGCACAAAUGCUAUCCCCCAGUUUCCCUGUCGCAUUAACACUGUAAUCAGUAAUGUGCAUUUGCCCACUCUCAUCAGUGAAUCUCGUCUUCGGUAAAGGGUGAAAUUGAGGGUGGUGUUCAUUCUGAGCAUUUAUUUAUUCGGGUUUAUUCAUGAGGAAAAGUCAUAGAUUCAGCUGAGACUAUUUUUUUAAUAUUGUCUUGUUUCACUGCUCAGUAGUUUCCUUAUGGCACUGUGACCAA